CAUCCGCUGCACAAAUCGGUCUCCACGCCUGUUUUGUUCGAGCCGCAGACGGAUGCGCGGUCGAAUCAGGGUGCGGCGGAUCUCAAUCUCAACGAGAUUCGGAUUUCCGACAGUGAGAAACUGGUUGCGGCGGCGGCUGCCAAUUUGGGAUUUACAAAUAGCUUUAGGAAGGAUCGGAUGCUGAAGAUGGGGAAUCCGGCCUCGCCGUCGCCAUCUCCAUCGCCUUCCCCUUCGCCGCAUCUGAACCCCUUUCGGACGACAUCCAAUUCGUCGGAGGAGUCUACUCCGAAGCCGAAGCCGACGACGCACGUUGUUGUUGGGGGUAUUACUUACCCGAUGGUCCGCAAGCUGUCGCUGGUGCGGCAUCGGAACUGCUCGAUGAACGAGAAGAUCAGCUUCAUAUGA